AUGUCCGCAUUUCUCACCGCAUUUAUAUGUGCCAUAGUAUUGGCUGUCAUCGUAAUAAUAUUCAUCGCAUAUUGCAUGUUCUGCAAUGAAAGGCAUAAAUCGGAACGUUUUCAAUUUGACAUAACAGAUAUACGCCGGACCAAUAUAGAAAUUGCUCAAAAGCACGAACAGAAGACUAAAGAGGUCUCUGGUGUGUUUGUUUUAGCACGGAAGAAGCAUAGAGAGGACUACAGUUAUCACAAAAGACCAGACUACCCAGAAGGGCCAGUGACAAUAAUUGAGCCAAGGACAGAUAAAUUAAUAGAAAUCUUAAACGAUUCUGGAUCUGAGAGUCGUAAUUGUGUCGAAUUCGACGAUGUGCCAUACCACAGUGAAGUUUAA